CCGGUUUGUAAAGCUGUGCAUUGUGUAAAAAUAAGUAAAACAAGCCACCCCGCACGCCGUCGGUUUGUGAGUUACACAGUCUGCAAAGAAAUCAUUUGCAACCUACCGCAUCGUGCAGUCCUGAAAGGCAAACAACAGGCUCGGCAUUCCUAUCGGGGGGUGGUCGUUAAUAGAGUGUGCCGUUUAAAAUCAUAUUGCUGCAUCAAAGCAGGCGGCUCCGGCGGAUCGUGGUAUCUUGCGGCUCCCGUUUUUGUAGUGUGAGUUUGGUUGCGAUAUUGCAUCGCGCCUGGCGCUUAAACAACAACGGACGGCGAACUCUGUAGCAGCAUAUCGGGCAAGACCCUAGGCACACGCAUACCAACGCGACUUCCUGGGGGUUUCCGCGCUCAACAAACAAAAACCAUCCCAAAAAACCGCACCGACUCGGGACUGCCCCCGGGCACGAGAGCGAGAGAGCGAGGAGUUGUUUUCAAACAAAAACCACAUUUCUCAUACGAGCGUAUUUCGAACCGCGGCUCAUCUUUCCGACCAUAAGUGCGUACGCAUUUGUGUGUGUGUGUUUGUGUAAGGGAACUCGCAAUCCAAAUUGGUGGAUCUUCUGCUGGUGUGCAGCGAACUGAACAUCUAAAGCUCCCCGGGCGGACGGUUCACUGCUGCCGGAUAGUGUAUAGAGGCCGUUAGCCGGUGCUCCACGCAAAACAGCAACGCCGCAACCAGCAGCAAGCCAACAAAAGGGCAUCGGCCAAGACGACGACGACUGCGACGACGACGGCUACGAUCGUACCGGAUACGGUUGCCGCCAGUAUGAAGCUGCUCGGUGGUCACGAUGACGGUGGUGGACGGAAUGCGGCCCCGAUCCGCACGCAGGACGAUGCCGCCGUCGGUUACGUGUUUCAGCGGCAUCCGAACGAGACCGAGUUCAACCAGUUCGCACAGAAGCAGUCCCGGUGGGCUUCCGGGGAUGACACCAUUAUCGAUAACCAGGACAAGUGGAAGUACAACCCUGCAAUACCGAACAACACGCCCGGUGGGCUGCUACCUCCACCGAUCGUAUCCGGCGUUAAGCAACAGCAGCAGGUCGCCCAGCAGCAGCAACAGCAGUCGCUUCAGCAGCAACCACCGAUGCAGCUUCCCCAUCAACCGCACCAGCAUCAGGUGCAGCAGGUUCAUCAGCAACAGCAGCAACAGCAGCAACAACAGCAGCAACAUCAGCAGCAGCUACAACAGCAGCAGCAACAGAUGCAACAUCAGCAGCAUCAACAGCAGCAACUGCCGAUGAUCAAUCAUCCGUCGCAGAUGGCAAACCAUCUGAACCACCAGAACCAUCUGAACCAGACGAUGCUGAACCAUGCCACCAUGAACAGCGGUGGCCUGCCGACGAUGCAGAUGGCAAUGCAGGGCGGCAUGUACGAUCACAUCCAUCCGCCGAAUGUGAACGUGAAUGUGAACGGUGUCGGUGUGCCGAAACCACCCGGCCCGGAGCAGCAGCUGGUGUAUCUGAGCGGUGGUCAGCAGUACGGAACGGUUCUGACCGCCCAGAGCCAGUACAUACCACGGAAUAACUCAGCGAUUAAUACAUCCACCGCAAAGAAGCUGUGGGAAAAGGGUGGCACUAAUGAUGUAAAGGUAGCUGCCGCAGCAACUGGUCCACUGCCGCCACUACAAUUGCACGGUACUACAGACCAUCAGGUAUGGCGCGAUUCGACCUGGUCGUCUCAGGGUGAUGCGAUCUUGGCACCACGUCGCAUUUUCCAACACGCACCGGAAACAAAUCCGACUGGUUCGACAGGAAUUUUAAGCCCACGCGACUCAACUGGAGGAUUGGGUGUGAAGAUGGUAGAGUACGUACUUGGUGGCUCACCGACGAACAAGGAAAGUCCGCUAGCAAGCCUGGACUCGCGCUUCAAGGGAUUGAAGUUUGAUGACGGAGACAAGGCUUCCGAUGAUAAAGACAAAGCGAACUCACCUUUUGAAACGAACGGUGUAAAGAAGGAAGAGGUAGUACCCGGUACGAAUGGUGUUGUGAUGGUGAACGGUAUCGAUGACGACAAGGGUUUCAACCGUACGCCUGGUUCGCGCCAGCCGUCCCCUGCCGAAGAACAAAUGCCACGCCCCAACAUGCUCGACCCAACGGGCGUACACGGAUCCGGGUUUCCGCAGCAUCCGUCACUGCACAACAUGCUCGGUUCGGCGGCACCCGGCGGCAACGACGUAACGCAACAGGCAGCGGCCGCCGCACUCGGCUCGUACCAUCCGCAGAUGAUCAAUCAGAUGGGCCAAAUGGGACAGCUAGGGCAGAUGAAUCCGAUGAAUCAGCUGAACCAGUUAAAUCAACUGAACCAGAUGCAGAGCCAUGUGAUGAAUGGCGUUGGGGGCAUACCUCAGAUUGCACAGAGUCCUAUGGUGAACCAGCAUGGACAGGGUCCGAGUCAAAUUGAUUCGCCUGCCAAUCUUUUACAGCAGCCCCACAACUACGAACUGCAGAUAUUCGACAUGCAAGAGGAGAAGCGAAAACUGAUAGUGCACAACUAUCUGCAAAAUCCAGCAGUGUCAUCUCGGGAGCUGGCAAAACAGUUAAGUUUGCCUAAGUCGACUGUUGCGCGAGUGAUUAAAAAGUACUAG